UCCGCCUUCCUAUACAAGAUUUGGAAUAGCCUUCAGGUAUAAAGAAUAUACAGUUGUCAAGAGCCCAAAGCACAUGGCCAAGCCCAUGCUAUCCUGACCUGGGUCGGUCUCUGGGCCAGAACAGCAACAGGUGGGACGAGAUGGCGAGCGACUGGCCUCAAGCUUCCAGGGUGCCUAGUUUUGCCCAGAUGCUAAAGAAGAAUUUGCCCACCCAGCCCUCGCAGCCUUCCGUGCAGCCCUCAGCUCCCUUGGUUUUACAGUCAGAGAAUGCCAAGCAAAUGUUUGUACCUUCUGAAACAUCCAACAUUGCUAACCUGGCGUCUAAGGUGACAGCUAUCACAGGUCAAGUUCCUGACUACCACUAUUCCAAGGCAGCACCUGUUGUUCCACUUACUUCACUGCCUCCAAAGAAAAUUCCAAGGGAAUUUGUUAUCAAAUAUAAAAGAGGGGAAAUAAAUCCAGUGUCAGCUUUGCAUCAGUUUGCACAGAUGCAGCGUGUACAGCUCGAAUUAAAAGAAACAAUUGCUACAGGCAAUCACUUUGGAGCUUACUUUGCUUUUUGUGCUGUGGUUGAUGGUAUUCAAUACAAAACUGGCUUGGGACAAAACAAGAAGGAAUCAAAAUCAAAUGCUGCAAAACUUGCUCUUGAUGAACUACUGCAGCUGGAGGAGGCAGAACCAAAAGCUCUAGAAAACCCAGGUACCCUCAGGAACCUUUCAGAAACUGCCAGUAUAGGAGAACCUCAGGUUACAGCUGAAUCUGUCAACAUUUCACGGAUUCCUUAUGAAGACCGGCAUCUUGCACAUGGGAAAAUUUCUCACGUUGUCAAGGAAACAUUCAACAAUUUGAUUGCUAAAUAUCCAGAGUACCAGAUUUGUAGCAGUUCACUGGCUGCUUUCAUAAUUGAAAGAGGUAAACAGCAUGAAGUGGUAGCUAUUGGAACAGGUGAAUUUAACUAUAGUGAGUGUAUUCACCCUGAUGGGAGAGUAUUACAUGAUAGUCAUGCUGUUGUUACUGCUAGGCGUUCUCUUCUUAGGUAUUUUUAUAGACAGCUUUUGCUCUACUACAGUAAAAAUCCAAGUAUGAUGGAAAAAUCCAUAUUUUCUGCUGAACCAACAUCAAAACUGCUUGCAUUAAAGCCAAAUGUAAAUAUAUAUCUCUAUAUGAACCAGUUGCCAAAAGGAUCUGCUCAAAUAAAGUCAGUACUACGCCUCAAUCCGACAUCUGCAUCUGCAUUUGAAGCUGCUGAAGAACUAUGCCUUCAUGUUGCUGUUGAAGGCAAGAUUUAUCUCACAAUCUACUAUCCUGCUGAAAUCGCCAGAGUAAGCAGCAUGUCUGCCACUGAUAAACUAACAAGAUGGGAAGUGCUGGGUCUUCAGGGAGCCUUGCUGAGUCACUUUAUUCAACCAGUUUAUAUUAGUGGGAUCAUUGUUGGAGAUGGGAAUUGCAAUGAUACACGAGGAUUGGAAAUGGCUAUCAAACAACGUAUAGAUGAUGCACUCACUUCCAAACUUCCCAUAUUCUACCUAGUGAAUAGAUCUCACGUCAGUUUGGUAUCUGCUGCUUAUCCUGUGCAAAUAGAUUUGGAACAUAGACCUCUUAGCUUGAAUUGGUCCCAAGGAGACUUAUCAUUAGAGGUGGUUGAUGGGUUAAAUGGGAAGAUCACAGAAAGUUCACCCUUCAAAAGUGGCAUUUCAAUGGCAAGUCGUCUUUGCAAAGCUGCAAUGUUAAGUCGUUUUAACUUACUGGUGAAAGAAUCAAAGAGAGAUGAUUUACUUAAGGCAGGAACAUACCAUGAAGCAAAGAUUAUGGCUGAAUCUUACCAAGGAGCAAAACAUUUGCUGAAAACUUACCUGGAGCAGCAUGGUUAUGGAUCCUGGAUUGUGAAAUCUCCACGUAUUGAACAUUUCAGUAUGUAAAGAUUGAAACACCAGCUUUGUUACCUACUGAAAUAGGUUCUUUCUCUGAAUAGAUUUUAUUGGUUAAUAAAUGUAAAUCACUGCUGUUUAGUAGUGUCAGCUAUUAGCUGGAAAAUUGUGUGUAAACAUUAGCUUAAAUAAAUAACCUUACUUAUUAAAAUA